GUGCUAUGGGGAGGCAACCUUGUUGUGACAAACUUGGGGUGAAGAAAGGUCCAUGGACUGCUGAAGAAGACAAGAAGCUCAUAAAAUUCAUUCUCACCAAUGGCCAGUGUUGUUGGCGUGCUGUGCCAAAGCUUGCUGGCCUUAAGCGUUGUGGCAAGAGUUGCAGGCUUCGUUGGACUAAUUAUCUUCGACCAGACUUAAAAAGAGGGCUCCUCACAGAAGCAGAGGAACAGCUUGUUAUUGAUCUCCAUGCCCGUCUUGGAAACAGGUGGUCCAAGAUUGCUGCCAGAUUACCAGGAAGGACAGACAAUGAGAUUAAGAAUCAUUGGAAUACCCAUAUCAAGAAAAAACUCCUUAAGAUGGGUAUUGAUCCUGUUACUCAUGAACCUCUCAAUAAACAAGCUGCAUCCCAGGAUAGUUCAUCCCCUACAGAGCAUUUGCCACAACCUGGCAAUAACCAUAAGGUCAAGGAAACUGAUGGAGUUCUCAACUCAGAUGAGAAUUCAAGCUCAUCACUAGCUGAAAAUUCUUCUGGGGAAGAAUCCCUUUUGUUAGAUAGCAUUUGCAGUGAUGACUCUCUAAUGAAUAGCAUGUGGCUAGAUGAAACUCCAUUGGUGGAAGCAUUAUGGGACACCACACCUAAAGCAGAGAAUCCUAAUAAUGACAUGGGCUUGCUGCCAUCUUGGGAGGAUAAUUGUGCUUGGCUAUUGGACUGUCAGGACUUUGGUAUUCAUGAUUUUGGGUUUAAUUGUUUCAACGAGAUUGAGACAAAUUCACUGCAAACUAUAGAAAUGAAGGGAGAGAAGCAUUAACAUGCAAUACAUCUGAUGAAGGGAAUUGUCUUAAGAAAUCAGAGUAAGAUAUCAAAAUCUGUAUAUGUGACAAAAUACCAUGGGCUCAAAUUCAGGUUCCUGGUGUUAAAUUUUAUCUAGCUAGUGUUUUACAGAAUGUUCUUGGACGGUGGAAGGUGAACCUUUCCUCUUAUGAGGUUCCUCGCCAACCAAAUCACAAAAGUGAUAGCAAACCAAACCAAAUCAUCAAAAUUCCACAUUCAGUAUUUUCUUCAAAAUGUUGUAAAUUUAUGUGUACGGUAGGUACACAACAAAUGGGAAAUGUCACAAGUAAU